ACAUUUGAACUGGUUCACAGGUGCCAUUGUUCGAACGAACCCUAUAUAGUAGUAAGUGCUAUGCUCGAGACAGUUUAAAAUAUAAAAAUAAAACCUUAAAAAAUAAUUUAAAAAUAUUAAUAAAACCGCGAGAGGAUUACAUGUAAUACUUUGAAUGCUAAACGUUAUUGACUGUGCUAACUUAAAAAUAAAUAUAUAAUUGUGAACAAUGGCAAGCUUCGCAAUGGACCCUGCUUCAGGACCCCGGUUCGCAGCCCUAGGAGGAAACUCGUCCGUGGUUGACAAGGUCACCCCGGACAUGAUUCACCUAGUCGACCCCUACUGGUACCAAUGGCCACCCAUGGACCCAAUGUGGAAUAUGAUUUUCGGAUUGCUUCUCACGAUCAUUGGAAUCAUCGCUGUGAUUGGCAAUGGCGUAGUACUCUAUAUUUUCUCUACAACAAAAUCACUCAGGACGCCGGCCAAUCUCCUGGUCAUGAACUUAGCCUUCUGCGAUAUGUGCAUCAUGUUGACCAAUAAUCCAAUGAUGAUAAUCAAUUUAUUCUAUGAAACGUGGGUUUUAGGGCCGAUGAUGUGUGACGUCUACGCACUGUGCGGGUCAAUAUUUGGAGCCGGUUCAAUUUGGUCAAUGAGCAUGAUUGCAUUGGAUAGAUACAAUGUAAUCGUGAAGGGUAUCAAUGGACGACCAAUGACAAUAAAACUGGCUUUACUGAAAAUUUUGUUCAUCUGGUGCAUUGGUGCUUUCUGGACGAUAAUGCCAAUGAUCGGCUGGAACAGAUACAUCCCGGAAGGAAACAUGACUGCCUGCGGAAUCGACUACCUCGGAAGGGACUGGAGCACUAGGCUAUACGUAAUCUGCUACCCAUUGUGCGUAUACUACACUCCUCUGUUCCUCAUUUGCUAUUCCUACUGGUUCAUCCUUCAGGCUGUAUCUGCGCACGAAAAAGCCAUGCGAGAACAAGCCAAGAAAAUGAAUGUUAAAUCCCUCCGAUCAUCUGAAGAUGCAGAGAAGAGUGCUGAAGCCAAAUUAGCUAAAGUUGCCUUAACUACCAUCUCGCUGUGGUUCUUCGCCUGGACACCAUACCUAAUCAUCAACUAUUGUGGCUUAUUCAAAUACUCGAAAAUAUCUCCACUGACCACCAUCUUGGGUGGAAUUUUCGCAAAAACGAGUGCAGUAUACAAUCCAAUUGUAUACGGUAUCAGCCACCCGAAAUAUCGGCUUGCACUGAAGGAGAAGUGUCCUUGCUGCGUAUUCGGAAAAGUUGAAAAAGACCAACCAGCUGACAAUCAAUCACAAGCUACAGCCGCUGAAGCUGAGAAGGCUUAAAUCUUUUGUUUUAAUGUAUUAACACUAAAUAAAGCACUAUUAGGAGUAACAACAGCAAAAUGAAUAAUUUUUACUAAAAAAUGUGAGACAUUUUGUUUGAAAUGUGUUAAUAUUUUUUAAUUAUUUGAAAAAAGAAUGUAAAAAAAUCGCAAUGUCUAUGAUAAAAGACAACAAAUAUAAAAAAAUAAAAAAAAAUCAGCAUGAUG